AUGAUGGCGACAGAUACAAGAACUGAAAAAGAGAAAAUGCUCGCUGGCGAACUGUAUAAUGCAUUUACGCCACAAUUAUUAAGUGAACGAGCAGCAUGUCGAGAGCUUAUUUAUGAUUUUAACUCAACGCGACCAAAUGAAGCAGAAAAACGCGAUGAAAUUAUUCGAAAACUAUUUGGUCAAUUCGGAUCUAAUUCAGUUAUUGAAACACCGUUCAAAUGUGAUUAUGGUUAUAAUAUAUAUUGGGGUGAAAACUCAUUUGCUAAUUUUAAUUUAAUUGCACUUGAUACAUGUCCAAUUUAUGUUGGUAAUUAUGUACUUUUGGGUCCAGAUGUAAAAUUAUAUACAGCAGCACAUCCAACAGAUCCUCAAGGAAGACUUGAUGGAGUAGAAUAUGGUAAACCUAUACGAAUCGGGAAUAAUGUAUGGAUUGGAGGUGGAGCGAUUAUUGUAGGCGGUGCAACAAUUGGCGAUAAUAGUGUUAUUGGUGCUGGAAGUGUAGUUGUAAAAGAUAUUCCAGCAAAUGUUGUUGCUGUUGGAAAUCCAUGUAAAGAGAUUAAGCACUUGAAAGAACCUACGAGAGCUCCAAAUCAAUUUCAACAAUUAACCAUGUUUAAUCUACAAAAAUGA